AUGAGAUACAAUUGGGCUGGGACUCCAUAUCAAGUGAAGUCGUUCCCUAACGCUGCACUCAAGUUCGACCCCGUGCAGCUGUUGAAUGUCAAGUCAAUCCCUGCCACCAUCGAGUAUGAGUUCGAAUACAGUGAGAACACCAUCGCGAAUGUUGCGUUCGAUCUCUUCACGAGGUCGACCAUCGAUGGGGCUGUCGAGUACGAAGUCAUGGUGUGGCCGGCGGCCCUCGGCGGUGCUUUGCCUUUGUCGACGUCGGGUAAGCCAAUCAAGACGACAAAUAUUGGCGAUGUGGAUUUCACCCUCUACCAGGGCAUGAACGGAAAUAUGACUGUGCUCUCGUAUGUUCCCGACAAAAUGAUAACAAAUUUCUCCACCGACCUUAAGAAGUUUUUUGACGAACUUCCGAAGAGCUACGCUAUCGCCCGAACGCAGUACUUGACACACGUGCAGGGUGGCGCGGAGAUCCUCGUUGGCAAUGGUACGUUAACGGUGUCCAAGUACCAAGCGGCAGUCCACACGACUAAACACAAUUCUUCCAAAACGACUACUUAG